CCGAAGUGGCCGUUGGGAAGGCAACGCUCCGGAGCCGCGGGUUUGGGUGCCCGGAAGUGACGCAAGGCCUCGGUGUGUUGGUGUCUGACAGGAGGCGACGGGGCCUACUGCUGCCGCCGCGGGCUUUGCUCUUGUCCCGGCCUCUGCCGCCCUCAUGACUCAGGGUUUUGCCAGGCUGAGCGGUUCCCUGCCUACACCGUGUUAUCCCCAGCACAGACUGGCUGCUGAUGGACACCUGCUUACUUCCUCUUCAGAGACGGUUAACACAGAUGGACCAGUCGUCUCCAACCUACAUGCUUGCCAACUUAACCCACUUACAUUCUGAACAGCUUUUGCAGGGCUUGAACCUCCUUCGCCAACAUCACGAGCUGUGUGACAUUAUCCUUAGAGUUGGCGAUGUCAAGAUCCAUGCGCACAAAGUGGUACUUGCUAGCAUCAGCCCAUAUUUCAAAGCCAUGUUCACUGGAAAUCUUUCAGAGAAAGAGAACUCCGAGGUAGAGUUCCAGUGCAUUGACGAGGCAGCGCUGCAGGCUAUAGUGGAAUACGCAUACACAGGGACUGUAUUCAUCUCGCAGGACACCGUAGAGUCACUUCUUCCAGCUGCAAAUCUUCUUCAGAUCAAACUUGUGCUAAAGGAAUGUUGCACAUUUCUUGAAAGCCAGCUAGAUCCUGGCAAUUGCAUUGGGAUUUCUCGUUUCGCAGAGACGUAUGGCUGCCAUGACCUCUACUUGGCUGCUAACAAAUACAUUUGUCAGAAUUUUGAAGACGUUUGUCAGACUGAAGAAUUUUUUGAGCUUACACAUGCUGAAUUAGAUGAAAUUGUUUCAAAUGACUGUUUGAAUGUUGUCACGGAAGAGACAGUUUUUUAUGCACUGGAGUCUUGGAUCAAGUACGAUGUGCAGGAGCGACAGAAGUACUUAGCACAGCUGCUACACUGUGUCCGGUUGCCACUGCUGAGUGUUAAGUUUCUUACUAGGUUGUAUGAAGCAAACCAUCUUAUUCGUGAUGACCAUACUUGUAAACAUCUACUGAAUGAAGCCCUGAAAUACCACUUUAUGCCUGAACAUAGACUUUCCCAUCAGACUGUGUUGACGACACGACCCCGUUGUGCUCCUAAAGUACUUUGUGCUGUAGGAGGAAAAGCUGGAUUAUUUGCUUGUUUGGAAAGUGUUGAGAUGUAUUUUCCCCAGAAAGACUCCUGGAUAGGUCUGGCGCCUCUUAGCAUUCCCCGCUAUGAAUUUGGAAUAUGUGUCCUGGACCAGAAAAUAUAUGUUGUAGGAGGGAUUGCAACCCACAUGUGUCAAGGCAUCAAUUACCGAAAACAUGAAAGUUCAGUGGAAUGCUGGGAUCCUGAUACAAAUACCUGGACAUCUCUUGAAAGAAUGAAUGAGAGCCGAAGUACUCUUGGAGUAGUGGUUCUAGCAGGAGAACUGUAUGCCUUAGGUGGCUAUGAUGGGCAAUCUUAUUUACAAUCAGUAGAGAAAUAUAUUCCAAAGGUUAAGGAAUGGCAACCAGUGGCCCCAAUGAGUAAAACAAGAAGUUGUUUUGCUGCUGCUGUCUUGGAUGGAAUGAUAUAUGCCAUUGGUGGUUAUGGUCCUGCCCAUAUGAACAGCAUGGAACGUUAUGAUCCAAGUAAAGACUCAUGGGAGACAGUAGCUUCAAUGGCAGACAAAAGGAUAAACUUUGGUGUUGCUGUCAUGCUGGGCUUCAUUUUUGUAGUGGGCGGACACAAUGGGGUGUCUCACUUGUCAAGCAUUGAGAGAUAUGACCCACAUCAAAAUCAGUGGACGGUGUGUAGACCUAUGAAGGAACCCAGAACAGGAGUUGGUGCAGCUGUAAUUGAUAACUACCUUUAUGUAGUCGGAGGUCACUCAGGAUCAUCCUAUCUGAACACCGUACAGAAAUAUGACCCUAUCUCAGAUACAUGGCUGGACUCUGCUGGUAUGAUGUACUGUCGAUGCAAUUUUGGUUUGACUGCACUUUGAUGAACAGUGUGAACUCAUGGACCUAAUGUGAAGAUGGAACUUUUUCUGCUUGAAAAGAUGCCCAAUUCAUGGAGACCAUAAGCUGCAUUUUCUGGAGUUGGAGGAGUGGGGUGAAUAUUUGAUUGACAGAGUUGGAUUCCCCCCCCCC